AUGGAGCACAAACGACUGGUUGAAUGUGAGUUUGAUACGAAAGCUUUGAUCUACUCCUUACUCUAAAGUCAAACCUCUGUAUGGCAAACCGCAAGAGAUCAAAAAUUUUUUUUGAUGUAGUGAGUUUGUUGUUCAGAAGUUCUUGUGUAUGUACGUGACAAAUCAUUAUGAUAAACUAAUUCUCUAAACAAGAAAUAAGAAAUCUAUUUCCAGUGGUUCGAAUGUUUUUCAAAGCCCGAAUUGGUGAAGGAGUCGUCGCUGGUCAUGUUGGAAAGGCCAAAGCAAUGUCUGAAGUUCACGAAGAUGUGGUCCUCUUCACUGUGGAAGUCCUCAAUAGCUUCAGGAAUGCCUUGAACAUCCCACACCAGUUCAAGUUGAGUAGCGAGAGCUCGAAGAGGAAGUUUGUGGAUAACCGGUUUAUGUUCGGUAAGAAAAACUGUCCAGUCUUACUUUCCAUAUUUCUCCUUACAGGAGAAGUAUCCCAAGGGCGACGCUCAUAUUUUCUUUAAAUUUUGCACACCCAUCGGUCACGAACUAAGUAUCAAUUCCUGAAAGAUUCAGCUCGCGUUUUGAAGGCGCCGCCGAGAGGGUACACUAAAUGUGCAGAGCGGUCAGAGAGAAAAACAAUUUUUGGCCAUAACUUCGCUAGUUUCGCGCGGAAAAACUUUUUUGUGGGAACCUUUACGGUAGAAAUACUUUUCGUGCCGAAGUUCGGCAAAAAUAGUCAAAUUUUCGCCAACUUUCGAUCUAAAAAUCUCGGUUGUUUCUGCAAAGCCCGAGCUAGGAUUCUCGCGUAUAUUUUGAAGAAAAAUAUUCUACAUUUGUACUAACAGGGGAAGUACUUCAAGUGUGACGCUCAGAUUUUCUUUAAAUUUUGCACACACAUCGGGUAUGGACUAAAUAUCAAUUCCUGAAAGUUUUAGCUCGCGCUUUGCGGGCGCCGCCGAGAUAUCGAACGAUUUUUGCCGCCGAGAGAGCACACUAAACGUGGAGAGCGGUCAGAGAGAAAAGCGCUUUUUGGCCAUAACUUUGGCAGUUUCGUGGGGAAAAAUUUGAUUUUUUGUAGAAACAUUAUCCUUUACAGUUGAAAUAGGCAUGAAACUUUUCGUGCCGAAAUUCGGCAAAAAGUCCUAAAUUUUCGCCGACUUUUGAUCUAAAAAUCUCGGUUGUUUCUGUAAAGCGCGAGCUAGGAUUCUCGCAUAUAUCUUAGAAAAAAUUAUUCUAAAUUUAUGCCAAGUUUCAUCAAAAUCUGAGCGUCACACUUCAAGUACUUCCCUUGUAAGUUUCAUCAAAAUCUAAGCGUCGCACUACUUCCUCUGUUAGAGAUAAGCGCCUAAAACAGUGACCAAUACUAUAAAUGAACUUUCAGUCGUCCGAGACUCCUACAAGAUUUUCAUUGGUGAGAAAAUGUUAGAGAAGAAAGUGGAGACCGCAAGAAUUAUGUCACAGCUAAUGGAUGAAGUCUUACUGGUAAUUGUAAAGCUACUGGUCUUCUUCAGACAUCGAAAGCUCAGUGUAAAUGCAGCAAUUAUUUUGCUAGAUAACAAUAGCAACGAGAUGUUCGAUGGGUAUCUGCAGUUUUCAGAGGAUACCACUUGUAAAAUUGAGAGGCUUUGA